AUGCAGCACCGUAACGCGCAGCAACAGCAACAGCAUCAGCAGCGCCAGCAGCAGCAGCAGCAGCAGGAGCACCAGCAGCAGCAGCAGCAGCAGCAGCAGCAGCAGCAGCAGCAGCAGCAGACCUGCAGCAGCGAGUUGAUGAUGUCUUUUGCUUCCUCUGGAAACCCCCGCGGGUAUUUUAUUGAGGCGGGAGCAGCAGCAGCCAAGUCAACGAUCCGCAGUGACCUGCAGCAGCAGCAGCAGCAGCAGCAGCAGCAGCAGCAGCAGCAGCAGCAGCAGCAGCAGCAGCAGCAACAGUAA